AUGGAUAUUUGGCUGUUUAUCCUGGGCUACUUGAUCCAUUUUGUUGCGAGUUGUAUCCUGACAUACAAGGUGUUUCAGCAGCGCACCAUAUAUGGCCUGUCUUUCGAUACACAGCUCUGCUUCCUCGCCUCGACAGUUUCCCGCUGUAUUUGGAGCCUAGACACCAGACUAGUGGAGACAUGGCUCGCAUACUUGGAACUAGGCCUGAGUACCUUCAUGUCGAUCCUCCUUACAUAUCUCAUGUGGUCCUUCCGCUAUACCCACACGAAACAGAUGAUCUUACCUCUAAGAGCAUACGUCCUCAUACCGGCAUCUAUGCUGGUUGCCUUUUUCAUACAUCCGAGCCGCAGCUGGAUCACCGUGCAGAUUCUUGUUGCCUUCUCGAUAUAUCUGGAAGCCAUCGCCCUGUUGCCGCAACUUUAUUUCCUCAGACGCAUGCUGGAGGUGGAACCCCUGACCUCGCACUAUGUCGGGCUUUUAGUCGUCUCCCGCGUCAUUCGCCUCUUCUUCUGGGUCACUUUGUACCUACAAGGGGAACACUUCGUGGGCCUAUUCCUCGCCGACUUGCUGCACAGCGUCCUCGCUGCCGACUACUUUGUCAUGUGGUGCCGCAAACUGCGCCAUGGUGGCACCUUGAUUUACAAGGGCCGCGUGUAG